AUGCUAUCCCAAGUUGUGGCCAUUCAAAGAGUUGUUUCUCCUCCUAAUGCUCCUACUAUGGCUUCUAGAGUGAGGGAUUUUACAAGGAUGUACCCUUUUGAGUUUCAUGGUUCAAAAUUUAACGAAGAUCUCCAAGAGUUCAUUGAUGAGGUGUAUAAUAUAGUAGAUAUUAUGGGGGUGUCUUCGGAAGAGAAAGUAGAGUUGGCGGCCUACAAACUCAAGGGUAUUGCCCAAGUGUGGUAUACUCAAUGGAAGUUCAAGAGAGUUGAUGAAGGUCCUAUUGGUUGGGAAGCCUUCAAACUUGUCUUUCUCGACCGUUUCUUUCCUCUUGAGAUAAGAGAGACAAAGGUAUUGGAAUUCAUAAAUAUUAGGCAAGGCAACAUGGUGCAAGGGAUUAUGCCCUCAAGUUCAACCAAGCUAUCCAAGUAUGCUUCUUCUUUGGUUGCCAAUCCACAUGCCCGAAUGAGCCAAUUCAUAUCAGGGGUGUCCGACUUGGUUGCAAAGGAAUUUUGA